AUGGACGGUUCCAGCGAUCGGUCCUGCCGCGGCAGCAACGAGGCUGACAACGCGGACUCCAACUUCCUGGGGCUGGUAGCACCUUCCUUGGCAGACUGCCAAAGCGCCUGCGCUGAAGAGCCGGGAUGCAAAGGAAUUGAGUACAACGUCAGCGGGGGCACCGCCUGCGAGGUGUGGACUACAGCCUCAGGGAUCAUGUCCAGUGUGGCGUCACCAGGAACCACUUGCAUGAGGUACGAGCCUUUCGUUGCUGCGGAUGGUGGAGUGGAUCGAGCAUGCCGUGGAGUAGAUGCAGAUGACGACUGGCCCAGCUACUAUACCGUCUACGAGUACACCUGGUCCUCGGGCCCUUCGAUUGAAGAGUGCAAAAGUCGCUGCAUGUCGACUCCCGGCUGUCGAGGCGUGGAGUACACCAAGGCCAACUGCAAGGUCUGGACCCGUCAGGGAGGUAUCCAGUCGACAGCUUCAAGCGUGGGAUCUCUGUGCAUGCGCUUCGGCAACUUCAACUCCCUGGAAUUGCUGGAUGCUUUCUGGCAAGUUGAUGGGGAUGAUCGGGCUUGCCGCGGAGCCACUAGGGAUGACUUGCAGCCCAGCUACUACACCUCCGUGGGCCCAGACAAGGCCGGAUCCCUGGAGGCAUGCAAGGGCCUCUGCGUCCGCACGGCUGGCUGCAAUGCAGUGCAGUUCACAUCUUCGGAGUGCCAGCUCUGGACACGCAGCGCAGGCGUGGAGGCCACAGUUGCACAGCCUGGCUCAACCUGCCUGCUCUUCCAGCCUUUCCGACCCGUGGACGGCUCUCAGGAUCGUCUGUGCGUCGGCACUCCGCAGCCGAGUGCCGUGGCUGCCAACAGCCUAGCUUCUUGCCAGAUGAUGUGCCAAGACUCCGAAUGGUGCGCAGGGGUUAGCUUGGAUGCUACCAACAACUGCUUCAUCUUUUCAGGGGAGUUCUCCAGCCAAGCAAAUCAAGGAAGUCAGUGUGUGAGCUACCAGCCCUUCAUUGCGGCGGACGGCGGUGUUGACCGGUCAUGCAGGGGCUCCCACGAAGAUGAUGUCAGAAGCUCCUACUACAGAGCCUACACCACAGCCGAGGUGCCCACGCUGGAAGAUUGCAAGUUAAAGUGUGCCUUCACGGAGCAGUGCAAAGGCCUCGACUUCUCCGCCGAGGGCUGCAAUGUCUGGACCCGCAGCCAGGGUAUCCAGGCCACCAAACCCACCGCAGGGGCGCGAUGCCUGCGCUAUGGGGCCCCUGAUCCUCUUCAGAGUGCUUCUGCAUUCGAAAAUGUGGAUGGUGGAAUGAACCGAGCCUGCAGAGGACAGGACGAGAACGACAACCUAGACAGCCACUACACCGUGCACACCCUCUGGCCAGAGAACUCUUCCAUGGACGCAUGCCAGAGGCUUUGCAUGAGAACUGCUGUUUGUAAAGGGAUCGAGUUUCGUCUUGGUGCUUGCGAGAUUUGGACGCUUGCCGGCGGCAUCCAAGCCUCGGUCGGUGCAGAUGGCAGAGCUUGUUUGAGGUACUCGCCUUUUCAAAGCUUGGAUGGGUUUUCUGACCGCGUGUGCCGUGGAAGCAGUCCAACAGACACAAAGAGCAGCUACUACAACCUUUACUCACCAGCCGAGGCUCCGACCCUGGACUCUUGUAAGUCACUUUGCAUGACCACCCCAGGCUGCCGAGGUAUCGAGUAUCGAGGGUGGUGCGAGGUUUGGAUAAGACCUGAAGGGAUCGGAGCCGUGGCCCCUUCUCCAGGAUCCCUGUGCACUCGCUACCUGCCUUUCAUUAAUAUCGAGGGCGGCACCGACCGGGCCUGCCGUGGUGUUGAUCCCUUGGACAGCUUCAGCAGCUACUACAAGUUCUUCAGUGGAACAACGGUAGAUGAAUGCAAAGUCCUAUGUUCCACAACAGCUGGUUGCAAGGGAAUUGAAUAUCGGGAUGGGCGAUGUGAAGUCUGGACUCGGCGAGGGGGCAUCCAGGCCUCCACUUACACUCGUGGCUCCCUGUGCAUGAGCUAUGGUGGGGCUGAUGCCUUUGAUGACAGCCAUGCCUUCACAGCACUCAGUGGGGGAACUUCUGGCAGUUGCUCUGGGGCUGGAUUGGUGGAUUUCCCUGUUGGCUUAGAGAUGGCGCCUUCGCUCUAUGACUGCCAAGUGAGAUGUGCUUCUACGCCUGGCUGCCGAGGAGUGAGCUUCGGCUCUGUUUGCGCAAUCUGGCUUGGCUCCGGCGAGCUCUCGGCAUCACCUGGAGGUUCCGGAGAUACCUGCCACAGCUUCGAGCCCUUCCGUGACGUGGACGGGGGCGUGGGUCGGGCCUGCCGCGGAGCGACCUUAACGGACUUGCAGGACUCUUACUACAGCAAGAGCUCCGCCAGUUCACUGGAGGACUGCCAGGACCAGUGUGCCAGGCUGAGUGAGACCACGGGCACCUGCAAAGGCAUCUCCUUUGACACAGCGUCCGGUGCCUGCCGCCUGUGGACGCGACCGUCUGGUAUCGAAGCCACGGCCACGGCCAGCACAUGGGUCUGCCAGCGCUACGAGCCUUUUGUGCCUCUGGACGGUGGCCGGAACCGAGCAUGCGGUGGCACAAGCAGCGACUACACGGCCUAUCAUCACAUACAGGACCCUUUCCAAGCCAUCCGAGGUGUGGAGUUCAGCCAACAGCGCUUCCGGCUGAUGCCGCUGGGCCUGGAGGAGCUGGCGGGCUCGGCGGAUGCUUUCCAGCCCGUGGAGGGCGGGGUGGGCAGGGCCUGCCGCGGAGCCAACAGCACGGACACGCAGGCAUCCUACUACGACUACUACCACCCAUCGCUGGUGGCGACCAUGUCCCG